UAGACAAAAGAGUUUCAUCAAUGAAUGCGUGCGUGCGUGUUUUGCGUUCUCUCCCGGUAAUAAUUUACAGUGAAAUUGUGUGAUUAAUUGUAAUUUCAUUUAUAUCUGUAUGUAGAAAUAAGAUCAGUUAUAAUGUCAACCGAUUUUUACAUUCGCUACUAUGUCGGACACAAAGGAAAAUUUGGACAUGAAUUUCUCGAGUUUGAAUUCCGCCCCGAUGGAAAGCUACGCUACGCUAACAAUUCAAAUUAUAAAAAUGAUACUAUGAUUCGCAAAGAAGCUUAUGUACAUCCAUGUGUCAUGGAAGAGCUAAAAAGAAUUAUUUUGGACUCUGAAAUAAUGCAUGAAGAUGACCGUUUAUGGCCACAACCAGAUCGUGUUGGUAGACAAGAGUUGGAAAUUGUUAUUGGAGAAGAGCAUAUUUCAUUUACUACUUCCAAAACGGGAUCAUUAGUGGAUGUCAAUCAAUCUAGGGACCCAGAAGGCCUCCGUUGUUUCUACUAUCUGGUCCAAGAUCUCAAGUGUCUUGUGUUUUCUCUCAUCGGACUUCACUUUAAGAUUAAGCCUAUAUAAUAAGACUUAUUUUGUAAUAAUAAAUAAUGUCAUUAACUUAUA